UAUCACACCAGAUACACUAAAACCUCAUUGUCACUGUUUCCGCAGUAAAAACCCUUAUUUUCUCCUCUUUGUUCCGUCAUUGUCAGAAAUGGCAGCGAAACCAGGCAAAGGCAGGGGCAGAAGAAAAGCUACACGUAACAACAAUAACAACAACAAUGCCGCUUCCGAGAACACCGCAAUCGUUCAUGAAACGCAAAAUGCAGCGGAGACCAAAAGAAAACAAGGUGAUCCUCAGGGUUAUCUUUCUUUCAUCAGAACGAUAACAGGGGAAAAGAUUGAAAUUCGGCUGACUGAAGAGGACACUGUCAUGGACGUAAAACAGUUCCUUCUUGAGUCUAAGGAAGCGUGUUACGUCACGUGCUAUGACUUGUUGUUGCGCGAGAAGGAUGGCGGCGUUCACCACCUCCAUGAUUACAAUGUAUUUUCGGAGGUGUCUGAUAUUUCCAAGGGCGGUUUUUCCUUGGAAAUGGUUCCAGCAUUUUAUGAUGAAAGGUCCAUAAGGGUUCAUGUUCGGCAUACUAAAGAGUUGCUUUCCCUUUCUAACCUCAAUGCUCCCUUUUCCACCUCACCUGCCCCGCAGAAUGAGAAAGAACAAAAUAAAGAACCGAAUUCAGGAGAUACAUUGAAAAAUGAGGUUCCAGAGCUUCCCGGGCUUGGUUAUAUGGCGGAUGUCUCUGGUUUAUUGAGUAAUGUGCCACCAUCCCCACUGGAGGAUGUUAAGUGUGUGGAGAGCAUAUUGUUUUCGGCCUUCAAUCCUCCCCCAAGAUAUAGAAGGCUAGUUGGAGAUUUGCUUUAUUUGGAUGUGACAACUCUGGAGGGUAAUGCGUUUUGUAUAACGGGAAGUACUAGGAUGUUUUAUGUUAACUCAUGCACUGCAGAGACUUUUGACCCAAGGCCAAGCAAAACUACUAUUGAAGCAACAACUCUUGCUGCCCUCUUGCAAAAGAUUAGCCCCAUGUUCCAAAAAGCUUUCUGUGAAAUUUUGGAGCAGAAAGCUGCUGUACAUUGUUUUGAAAAUGUGCAGCCUGUGUUGAUGCCUAAUUCGUGGCUUGGAUCAUACCCAGUUCCUGACCACAGACGCAAUUCAGACAGGGCUGAGAAUUCCUUGAGUCUUCUAUAUGGAAGUGAGCCUCUUGGCAUGCCAAGAGAGUGGAAUGAAGAGUUGCAAACAUGUCGAGAAUUGCCCCGUACAACUCCACUGGAGAGACUUAUGCGGGAUAGGGCACUUUAUAGAGUGACAUCAGACUUUGUUGAUGCAGCAAUAAGUGGUGCUGUUGGAGUGAUUAAUGGCUGCAUUCCUCCAAUAAACUCAACUGACCCAGAACAUUUAUUCAUGUUCCUGCACAACAAUAUAUUUUUUAGUGUUGCUGUUGAUACUGACCUUCAGAAGCUGUCAAAGAAAUCUACAGAUGCUAAUUCUAAAAAAUCUUCUGCUGUCCAAGUUCCCAAUGGGGUGGAUAAUUCUGAAAAAUCUUCUGCUGUUCAUGUUCCCAAUGGAGUGGCUAAUGAUGGUUCAAGUUCAGAAGAUAGUAUCAAUGACAUGGAAGUUGUUCAAGAUAUUCAUCCUGAAGCUGGGCAGGUUGAGACUGAUGUGGCCACAUAUGCUUCCGUAAAUAAUGAUUUGAAUGGCACAAAAGCUUACCAGGAAGCUGAUGUCCCAGGACUUUAUAAUCUUGUUGUGGCUAUAAUUGACUAUAGGGGUCACAGAGUAUUAGCUCAGAGUGUCUUGCCAGGCAUUCUUCAAGGGGACAGUUUGGACACUCUCGUGUAUGGCUCUCUUGACAAUGGAAAAAAAAUUGUGUGGAAUGAAGAUUUUCAUUCGAAGGUGAUGGUGGCUGCCAAAAGGCUUCAUCUGAAGGAACACUUAGUCAUUGAUGGAUCCGGAAAUAUUUCUAAAUUAGCCGUGGCAGUGGAUAGCAAGGGCAUUGUUGGCAGUGAUAAACGGCAUUAUCUUCUUGAUUUGUUGAGGGUAACUCCUCGGGAUGCAAACUAUACUGGACCUGGUUCUCAAAAUUGUAUCUUAAGAUCUGAAUUAAUUACCUUGUUUUGCAAGGCCAAAGCAGCAGAGAAAUCAAAAUCCAAGGACACUAAUUCCAAGGAGGUAGAUAACUUGGCAAAUGAUGCUAAAAUCUUUGUUGAUUCUGAUAAACCGGAUUUGAUUAAGGAAAAGAAGAGCGAGGAUGCAAAAGAACUUUUUUCUGCAUCUCCAGAAAGCUCUUAUCAUCUUGACGACAUAGUUUUUAACCCUAAUGUUUUCACUGAAUUCAAACUAGCUGGAAGUCCAGAGGAAAUAGAAGCUGAUGAAAACCAUGUGAGAGAAGCUAGCAAAUUUCUUACCGAUGUUGUGAUCCCAAAGUUUAUAGAAGAUCUAUGCACACUUAGAGUUACACCCAUGGAUGGCCAGACAUUAACAGAAGCACUCCAUGCUCAUGGAAUUAAUGUUCGCUAUAUUGGAAAAGUGGCUGAUGGAACUAGACGACUACCUCAUCUGUGGGAUCUUUGUAUAAGCGAGAUUAUUGUCAGAUCUUCUAAGCACAUUAUCAAUGAUAUAUUGAGAGACACUGAUGACCAUGACAUUGCACCAGCAAUAUCUCAUUUGUUUAACUGCCUAUUUGGAAGCUGUCAAGCUCUGGGUGAAAAAGUAAUUGUUAAUGGCUCACAGUCCAGCUCUCCUAAAAAGGAGCAUGUAGGGCAUCAGUCCCCAGGAAAGCAUUCCAGAAGGCAAGCACGGAGGAAAGGAAGGAAAUCCUUAAGAAACAGUCAACCUUUGUAUACGAGUGUUAACUCUGAAACUCUUUGGUCUAACAUUCACAAAUUUGCAGUUAUCAAAUACAAGUUUGAGUUGACUGAGGAUGAUAGGUCGUGUGUGAAGAAAAUUACUGUUUUACGUAAUCUCUGUCUAAAGGUUGGUGUUACCAUUGCAGCUCAUAAAUAUGAUCUUAAUUCAAUAACACCCUUCCAAACAUCAGAUAUCUUGGACCUCUGUCCAAUUGUCAAGCAUUCAAUUCCACUGAGUGCUGAAGCCAAGAGACUUGUGGAGACAGGAAAACUGCAAUUUGAUAAGGAAAUGAUGAAUGAAUCCCACGCUUUAUUUUCAGAGGCAUUCACAAUUCUACAACAGGUUACUGGCCCAAUGCAUCGGGAUGUUGCCACUUGUUGUCGGCAUCUUGCGAUGAUUUCGUAUCAUAAUGGAGACAUGGUUGGGGCUAUUGCUCAAACACAAAGAGAAUUAAUUAUAAAUGAACGUUGUCUUGGUCUGGAUCAUCCCGACACUGCCCACAGUUAUUGCAAUAUGGCUCUGUUCUAUCAUGGACUUAACCAAACAGAAUUUUCUCUUCAUUACAUGGCACGUGCUUUGCUCCUAUUAAAUUUGUCAUUGGGUCCUGACCAUCCUGAUAUCGCAUCAACUUUCAUCAAUGUUGCAAUGAUAUAUCAGGAUAUGAAAAAGACAAGCAUAGCUCUUCGUUACCUGCAAGAAGCUUUAAAAAAGAAUGAAAGGCUUCUUGGAAAGGAACAUAUUCAAACAGCUUUAAGUUAUCAUGCUCUUGCUAUUGCAUUUAACUCUAUAGGUGCUUUCAAUCUCUCUUUACAGCAUGAGAAGACAACAUUUGAUAUACUUGCCAAACAACUUGGUGAAGAAGAUUCAAAGACACGUGACGCAUUAAACUGGAUGAAUAGUUUUAAGCUGCGUGAACUACAGAAGAAUGUACAAAAGCAAAGAGAUCAAGUUCUGAACGAUGCAUCUACUCAGAGGGCCAUUGAUAUUUUGAAGGCACGUCCUGAGUUGAUCCAUUCAUUCCAGGCUGCCAAAGGAUCUGGAACUUCAGGUUCAUCUGCAAACAAGUCCAUCAAUGCUGCUUUAAUUGGUGAGACUCUCCCUAGGGGAAGGAAAAUUGAUGAAAGGGCUGCACGUGCAGCUGCUGGAGUCCGAAGGAAGGCUGCAGCAAAGGGUUUGUUACGCCCUCCUGGUGUACAAGCUCAAGCAGUACCUUCCCUUACACAGCUUCUCCAUUUUAUUAAUUCAGGGAUGACUCAAGAUGCUGUGGAAAAUGGACUAGCACAUCCCGUUAAAAAGGAAGACAAUGAUGAUGCAACUGAUGACCAAUCAAUGCACUUGCAAGAGCAAGUUCCAGCUGGUUUGGGAAAAGGGCUGACAUCAUUGGAUGCCAAGAAACGAAAAGCAAAAGUUGGGGUUAUCUGAAGUUUGCAUAGGAUCAUGAAUUCUUGAGUUUGUUAGAUUGACGUGAUUACGAUUUCUUUUUGAAUUUGUUGUUAGAUUGACGGAGUACUUUUUUUUCGACUUUUUAAGAGUUGAAUUUGUUAGAUUGAUCGAUGGAGUACUUUUUUCUGCUUUUCAAGAGUAGCAGCUUUCAGUAACUAGU